GUGUUAAAAAUGGCUAUGUUGUACGACGAAUUUAAACCACUCGUAGAUCUGGUUCUAAACAGUUGGACUGCUUUGCAAUUGGCUAUAGAUCAUGGAAUGGGUUCCAAUGGACCGAAAACAGGUCAACUCGUAUCAGACUACAUAACCCGGUACUGUGUUGAAAACUUGGGAGGAGACAUUGAUAACCUUACUGAAGUGUUAGAAGACUUGAUGGAUGAAGAAUUCGAUACUGUGUGUGAGGAUAAUUCACCGAAGGAAGUGGCAAUAGUACUGCUACAAUACUUCACACUACUCAGAGAGGGUAAACAAGAUGAAUUACGAGCAAGAAUUGCUGCAAUGCCCGUUUGCCAAAAGGGACUGAGCCAAAAUGUUAGACAACCAAUGAAUCCAGGUGAUCCUGACGAUUCAGACAGCAGUAGUGGAGAUGAACUUAAUGAUGCACCUACAAAUGGAAAUGUACCACCAUUAGCUCAUAAUCAACAACCAGAACCUGAACCAAUGGAUGAAGAUGUAGACCCGGGCUGGACUGUAGUGAGAACUAGGAGAAAAAAAUAG